AUGGCGUCUGUUGCAGAUGCAGAAGAUACAUUACGUUCCGCGAAAGAAAAGGCAAAUUUUCAGCGUUUAACACGACUGUUAAUGUGCGGGAGUAUCAAACUUUUGAGAGAAAAGUUUGAUUCAUGUCAUUCUCCAGCUGAUCUCCCUCUGAAGCUAGCAGACCCUGCCAUACGGGCAAAGCUUGGGAAGGCAAAGUUAUCACCACCAGAGUGGAAAAUCCUCUAUCCCUCGCCUGGGAUAUAUGGAAAGUCCGCUGAUUUCGAUAUCACGUUAACUUUUAGAUUGUUAAGAACAAUAUGCGGUCUUACCGCACCUUCAACUGGAUGGAACAGUCAGCCAGCUAACACAGAUCACAGCAUUGAGGCGGAUUUGGUUCGGAUAAAGUGUUUCCGGAAUUCCGUAUAUGGUCACAAUUCGAAAAUGGAGAUGACCGACUCCGAUUUCCUCAAACUCUGGACGGAGAUCGGGGAAGCUCUUUUGCGAAUUGCCGGAUCACUAAGUACUGCAAAGAAAGAUGAAUGGAAUAAACGGAUUUAA